AUGGGGAAACGAGCUGGAAAAGCGAGAACUCGAAGCUCGACACCUGAAGAAAAUCAAUCUGCUGCUCGUUCGCGUUUCGUGACACCGAUUCUUGAAGAACCUGCGAUCGCGAUACCUAAUCACCAAUCGAAUCGAAGAUAUAAUUCUCGCGAAGACUUUGGAUCUAAUCUGAUGCAAGCUGAACCGUUCGACAGUACUCAUAGUCCGUUCUUCCUGCACUCUGCGGAUCAUCCAGGUCUUUCUAUCGUUGCUCAUACUCUCGAUGGAACAAACUAUAAUAGCUGGUCGAUCGCUAUGCGAAUUAGUUCGGAUGCGAAGAAUAAGCUUGGAUUUGUUGAUGGAUCGCUCAUUAGGCCUGCUAGUGAUGAUCAGAUUUACAAGAUUUGGAGUAGAUGCAAUAGCAUGGUUAAAUCUUGGUUGUUGAAUGUGGUUAACAAGGAGAUAUAUGAUAGCAUUCUGUAUUACGAAGAUGCUGCUGAGAUGUGGGAAGACUUGUUUAGGAGAUUCAAGGUUAAUAAUCUUCCACGGAGAUAUCAGCUUGAGCAAGCUGUGAUGAGUCUUAAGCAGGGAAGGUUGGAUUUGUCAACAUACUUUACAAAGAAGAAGACGUUAUGGGAACAGUUGGCAAACACCAAGUCUACUCUGGUUAAGAAAUGUGAUUGCGAGCAAGUCAAGGAACUGUUAGAAGAAGCUGAGACAAGUCGCAUCAUUCAAUUUCUCAUGGGGCUAAAUGAGAAUUUCAACAACAUAGAGCUUGGGUCAUAG